AUGGUGCCUAAAAUUGACCAAGAGGAAAACUGGCAUUACUGUGAAUCAGAUUUCGGAAAGAUAAGCAGCGCUGAUCGAACUCGAAUAUUACGUCAUAUACCCGACAGCCGUGAUCGCAGAUGCCCACGAACAUUCAGCAGUCUAGCGAACUAUGACGAAGAUAUAAAAGUUUCCAUAAUAAUUACAUAUCACAAUGAAUCUCUGUCGACGCUUUUAACGACAAUUUAUUCGAUUUAUAGAAGAACACCAUCUCAAUAUCUUCAGGAGAUUAUUAUAAUUGAUGACUACAGCGAUGAUGAUUCGACAUUCAAAUCGCUUACGGAAUUCACCUGCCCACCAUUCAACAAUCACACUUUACUUCGACUACAACGUCAUCGGCAACGCUGGGGCCUAAUCAAAUCUCGCAACAUGGGCGCCGUAAUGGCGCGUGGCAACUAUUUGAUGUUUAUGGACAGUCACAGUGAAGUGAAUCAACAAUGGCUGGAAUCACUGUUGCACGUUAUGUUGUCUUCGGCCGGUGGUAAAAUGGCCGUUAGUCCAAUGCUGGAUAAUAUUGAUGCGGAGACGGGCGAAUACAAAACUACCGAGGCAUCCAUAAAAGGUGGUUUUGAUUGGAAUUUGCAUUUCCAUUGGAUUGCGAGAGAUAACAUUUUAAAUCCUUUUACAACUUUUAGAUCUCCUACCUUUGCUGGCGGCGUAUUUCUGAUUUCACGAAAUUGGUUUUUUAAAUUGAAAGCUUUUAACACUCGUCUGGAGGUUUGGGGUGGAGAGUCCUUGGAGUUUUCUUUGAAACUGUGGCUAUGUGGUAGCGAAAUUAGGAUUGUGCCUUGCAGUAGAGUGGGUCAUAUUUUUCGCAAGGAACAUAUUUUUAAAUUUCCCGACAAUGAUGGUCAGGGGAUUUAUUUGAGAAAUUCCAAAAUAAUUGCCGAAACAUGGCUAGAUCAUUACAAAUACAAUUUUUAUAAUGUCAAACCCGAAGCUCGAAAUAUUCCCGUAAAUAUUUCACGUUCCGAAAUUAAUAAUUUCAAAGAAUCCCUGCAAUGCAAUUCGUUUGAUUGGUAUCUUAAUAAUGUGUUUCCAGAGUUAAGAAUAGGCAAUAAUUUCACAGCCUAUGGUACAAUAUCCACAUCAAGUGAUUAUUGCCUACAUCAGGAUCUAAAUGAAACUGGGGAUGCAAUUGUCAUGAUGUCUCCCUGUUCUAUGGUCAACAUAACUAAAUGGUUUCUGGUCAAAUCAUCACAUCAACUACAAUCCGACAAGGGGCAUUGUUUGAGUCUAAAACGAUUGGAAAAAGUUAAAUUAAUACUUGUUGUCGCCGAAUGUUCUGAUCUGCGGCAACAAAAAUGGCUACGUUCCGGUUUACAGUUACGAAAUCUCUUGACACGUCUAUGUGUGGAAAUUACUGUCGAUUUACAAUUGACAAUGAAUCCUUGCCGACGUGAAGCACCAACUCAACAUUUUAGAUUUUAUCGUGAAAUUGAAUUCUUGUAA